CACUAGCACCACCACUACCACCACCACCACUAGCACCACCACUACCACCACCAGCUAUGGCCACCACCACCGAGGACAAACACCUGGCUGACGAAGGGCUCCAUAAGCCUGAAGAAGACCUACACUUUAAGGAAUACAUUUCUGAGUUCUUAAAGAUCCGCUGUAGCAACACCUUGGACCUCCGGGGAGAGUUAAGACUGUCCGCCAAGUUUGGCAACACUACGGGCUCCAAGGAACAGGAUCCGGACGAGGACGCCAUGGCGGUGGUGUACAUCGUCUUCGUCCUGCUGUUCUUCGCCACGUCGCUCCUCGUCGUGCUGGUCAAGUACAUCCGUAGGGAGAAGGAGUCGGUCCGUCUGGAGAAGUUCUACGAGGAAUACAUGAACAGACGACACGACAGUUUAAUUGUCUACUUUGAUGAAUCUGGGCGGCUUCUUCAGUCAGUCCCUGGCAGGAAGCCUUCAGGGGCCAAGCCACGACCCUCUACCCCUGAUGCCACGCCCACAACCACGCCCACGACCACUCCUGUAGCCACGCCCACCGUCACCCCUGUAGCCACGCCCACCGUCAAAACUGCACCAGUUUUUCCUGUCAGUAAAACCUAUACCAAACCAACUCCUGUGUAAUAAAGAAACUUGUUCCAUUAGUUCUGUUUUAUUCAAUAAUUUUGUAUUUAUUUUUACAGUUUUCAAUUAUUCUCAAUUUUUUAAUUUAUCUGUUAAUUUAUUCAUAUUGUUAAUGUAUUUGUAUUCUAAUGAGUACAUAGAGUAAGCCUGAUGUAUUUGUUAGCCGUUAAUCGUUGUUGUUGUAUUUAAACACUGUAUGAUGUAUUUUUGAUGUAUAUUGUCAAUGUGGAGUGCAUAUUACGUAUUAUAAUGAUUUAUUGUAUUUUGUGUAUUUUGAGUAUUUUCCUGGUAAAUAUAUAAAUGAAUAUUGUAUAAUGUAUGUUAUAUAUUAUGAUGUAUGCAGCGUAGUGCAUAUCGUAUGCAGCAUAAUGAAUGUUGUUUAUUGUGCAAUGAAUAUUAUUUCAAAUAUAAUGUAUUGCUCAUUGUAUACAUUACACCACAUUUGUAGUAGGUUUGUACAGUCUGUCACACAUUACAUACAUUAUACAACUUCGCUACACAUUUCAUACAAUACUUUAAUACAAUUUGGCUUCAUUAUACAUUGAUGUACCAUAUUAUGCAUACCGUAUGUGGAAUGCACUUGUAUACAUUAUUUUGAAUAAUUUAGUAUAGUUACUUGUAUAAGAACAUGUAUAAAUGAGAAUGAAUAAAUAUA